UUAUAAUAUAAUGUUUAUGAUCUAAGCAGACGCCGGCUGCAAAAAUUGUUAAACGUCAAGAUUCACAAUUGUUUUUCUUUUAAUUAUUUUAAAAAAACAAAAAAGUAACGAAAACAAUUGCAAAAAUGAGUAAUUCAGGACUUUCUGAUCAAUCCCUCAUGGAUAAAUCCAUGCGAAGUGUUUUUGUGGGUAACAUCCCCUAUGAAGCAACAGAAGAAAAUUUAAAAGAUAUUUUUAGUGAAGUUGGACCUGUUCUAUCUUUUAAAUUAGUCUUUGAUCGAGAGACUGGUAAGCCAAAGGGUUAUGGAUUUUGUGAAUAUAAAGAUCAGGAGACUGCACUCAGUGCAAUGAGAAAUUUAAAUGGCUAUGAAAUUGGUGGGAGGACACUUCGUGUUGACAAUGCUUGUACAGAAAAAUCCCGUAUGGAAAUGCAGAGUCUUUUACAAGGUCAAAAUACUGAAAAUCCUUAUGGUGAAGCAGUACAAUCUGAUAAAGCACCUGAGGCAAUAAGUAAAGCAGUUGCCUCACUUCCACCAGAGCAAAUGUUUGAAUUAAUGAAACAAAUGAAACUUUGCGUUCAAAAUAAUCCAGUUGAGGCUCGUCAAAUGCUUUUGCUUAAUCCUCAACUUGCUUACGCAUUAUUACAAGCUCAAGUUGUUAUGAGAAUAGUUGAUCCUCAAACUGCUGUUGGUAUGUUACAUAAAGCGAAUCCAAUUCCCGGGGCACUUACACCAUCUGAAAAACCACCAGUACAUCAAGCACCACCAAGAAUUGAAGAACCCUGGACACAAGCGAGACCGACACCAGCACCUAAUCCACCUACUUCUAUUUUUGCUAGUGGUCAAGAUGUGGACCUUCGAACAUUAGACAGACAAAUUGAUCCUCGUAUGGCAAGAAUGGAUCAAGAUUUAAGAGGCCCUCCACCUGUUCCGGCUGCAAAUCCAACACCUGUUGCACCUCCAACUGAUACAAGGGCACCCGCACCAUUUAAUAUACCCGAGACCGUUCUUCCUAUGGAAGGGAUUGACAGCUUUACAAGAGAUCCAAGAGCAGAUAGAUUUGGUCGCGAUCCACGUGAUCCAAGAGAUGCACGAAUGCCCGUUGAUCCAAGAAUGACAAAAACAGUUCCUCCACCAGGACCAGUUGCUCCUCCUCGUCCAGUUGUAGCGCCUACAGGACAGCCUCCCGUUAAUUCAGUUAAUUCUACAGUACAAUCUAAUAAUCUUUCAACGACUACGGCAAGCAAUAGUAAUAGUACCAAUAGAAUUAUGUCAGGAAUGUCACCAGCAGGAAAUAUUCCAAGUGGAGCGUCUGAUCAAGAAAAAGCUGCAUUAAUAAUGCAAGUAUUGCAGUUAUCGGAUGAGCAAAUCGCAAUGCUUCCUCCGGAGCAGAGACAAAGUAUUUUAGUACUAAAAGAACAAAUCGCUAAAAGUACACAACGAUGAGUGUUUAUAAUUUAAACAAAAAUUUUACAUAAUAAAGAGACUAUAAACGUAAAAAAAUAUCGUAAUUUUGUUUUUAACAAAACAUUCUUUUUCUUAAUUAUUCUAAUUUGAAUAAACAAUAUUACAAACUAAA